AAAAGCUUACAUAAUCAAAUAUGACAUCAAGAGCACUCAGAAGCUUUCUCUUCCUUUUAACAUUAUCUUUUCUAUUUGUAGACGUAUCUGUAUCAAUAUCUUUUGUACCAGCAGCCGUUGGAGUAAUAGCCAGACAAAUCCCGUCGUGGCUUAGACUUAUCAGAACAAGUAAAUUUUUUUCCAGCAUCUUGAAUAAAUUGAAGUCAUUCUUCAAUAUGUUCAAGGAACUAAAGCUCGGAAACAUAGCCGAGGGGGUGUCUAAUGUGAAACAAUAUUUAGACCUCUUCGGAUACUUAAACUCUACGUUACAUUCAAAUUUCAGUGACGAAUUCACCCUCGAUCUCCAAUCCGCAAUAAUCAAGUACCAGAAAAAUUUCAAUCUCAAAGUCACUGGGCAAAUAGACAGGAAAACAUAUAACAUCAUAUCACAACAACGAUGCGGUGUUCCCGACAUCAUCAACGGCACCACCACGAUGAACAUGGGCAACUCCAACACGACGCCGUUUACGCCGUGGUGGAAAGCAGGGAAGAAAGUACUGAGCUAUGCUGUUCACCCUCAGAACAACGUCUCUGACAGCGUCAAGGUGUUGUUCCGAGAAGCCUUCGACCGGUGGUCGAAGGUUACGUUGGUUAACUUCACGGAGACGGCGUCGUUUAAUGAAUCGGAUGUUAGGAUAACGUUUCUGGAGUUGGAUGGAAAAGGUGGAACGGUGGGGGGUGCCGAUAGAAACUAUAGUUUGGGUGUUGGGAGCGUGUAUUUGGACUCGGAGGAGGAGUGGGUGGUGCGUGGUGAGAACGAGGAGGGUGACGUGGACUUGGAAUCUGUGGUGAUGCACAUGAUUGGUCACUUGCUAGGGUUAGGGCAUUCUUCUGUGGAAGAAGCUGUUAUGUACCCGAUCGUGUUGCCGGAAAAGAAGACGGAGUUGUCGUACGAUGACAUGCAGAGGAUUCACCAAAUAUAUCACGUGAAAUAAUAUAAAUAAAAAUUUGGUCAACUACUUCACGUAAUGGUAGGAGUGAUGACGUGCUUGGCUGUUGUGUGUUGGAGUCAAAGUGAAACCUAGUUGCUUUGGCUGGUGGAUUUGCUUUCAUGGCUUUAGUUUUUGUUUUUUUUGAAUGAGUAGUUAUCUUUUGAUGUUACUAUGGAGUGUUAUAUCUAUUUAUUAGAUGUGUGGAGAAAUGGAGAUAUCACAAAAAAUUAAGUGAAAAAUAGAGAUAAAAGAAGCUUGAUUUGUGUA